UCUAAACUGUGCAAUGUCAUUUUGAUAAACAACAUUGACACACCCCGUCCCUCCUUUUUUCUCUGGCUCUCCCAACCCUCUCUCUGCAUCUCAUUGAGAGCCGACAUUAUCCACCCCUAACAUCACAUAACCGAGCACAGCUUCAACUCCUUCAGCGUUAAGUCUUUUUGCUUUAGAGAAGAUCAUGUACAUCCUAGCCACAGCUGUCUGCCUGUUGGGUUUUGCCUCAGCCCAGAAGGUGACUAAGCUGACCUCCUGCCUGACGAAGGAGAAAAACCUGAGGAUGGACUGUGAAUACGAGCUGACAGCUGCGACACCAGUUCCUACCUGCACAUACACCCAGGAGAACAAUGUGGUGGGCAGCACAGACCCUGCUAAGAGUCAGGACCCCACCUUCAAGAACCGUGGUGCUGUCGCCAUCAUGGAAGGCAUCUCCACCUGCCGUCUCAACCUCACUGGCUUUUCCGACGACAAGCCCAAAAACUUUACCUGCACCAUCAAGCAGAAAGAGACAGUGUCAAAAACUUCCACUGUGGAAAAGAAGCUACUCCUCCAGUGUUCCGCGUGGAGUGAGCAUGGCAGCAUGUUGAUGUUGACUGUGACAUCACUUGUUUUGCUGCUGGAAGCCAAGUGGCUGUGAAGAACCAUUAUAAAACCAUUAUAGCUGCUGUUUCCUUUUCCAAAGCUGUUCAACAUAAUCAUGAAAAAUAUAGCUUAUCAUUAUCUCGUUAAUGUAGCCUAAUUGCACUCACACAGAAUUGUGUCUUUUAAAUCUAUACUAUUUAGAAUGCUUAGAAUAUGGUCUUAGAAUAUGGUCUGCUAGUAUAGAUAAGGUAAAGAGGUCAAUGGAACUCGACCCAAAUAAUGGAAAUGCCAUGGAAAUGUGUGGUGGAAAGAUCCUGAAUCUCCUCAUUGCCCCCCCAGCUAAAUGUACCUACAUUUAGGCAUUUAGUUCAUAUGUGUAUUUGACACUAUGUUAAUGGGAAAAUCUGGGAGUAAUGCUUGUAUGGAUGUCGACCCGAAUACAUGUCUUCGUCACCAAUCAACUGUAUUGCAGUUAAAAACAACCUUGACUACCACCACCGAUUUUUUUAUGCUAGCUAUGCUACCAGCUCAUACGAAUGGGGGUUAGCAUUUAGCAGCCACUUCUUCUAAACCUUCUAAAUGUUAUGCAGUGUUAUUAUCAUCGUUAAUUGUAUUAUCAUCGAUUAAUAACAUAAUUACUUUGCAUUGGCUAAACCAUAAUCUGUUUAGUUAUAGACUCGAGCACCUUUUUCACGUGUGCAUUGUGUCUGAAUUAACAAUAAUAAAUAGUUUUAUGUAAAACACAUUUAUGAAAUUAACAAUACAACUUGGCAUGAAAGAAGAAUGUAGAAACAUCUGACGUUUUAUUCCCCUACCGUUACUGUAGCUACAAACCUAUGACUUUAUACAAGGUUGGAGAUGUAAUCGAGACCGGGGACAGGCAGAGACUUGUCCAUUUUAGGGAUGGGGAGAAGAUAUCAUUGACUGGCUUUUCCUCAGGAAUGUAAAAUUUCACAAUUUAUAAAGUUGCAUACUUAGAUCACAAUAAUAAUAGUCUGUUGAACAUAUUUGUAAAAUGGAACGUUUGCGCAUGUGAAUGAAUAAACAGAUCUUGGAACAUG